AUGGCGAUGCCUGAGCAGUUUUCAUUGCGAUGGAAUGACUUCCAUUCGAAUCUAUCACAAUCGUUCCACGCACUCUUAGAAGGCGAAGAUCUGGUGGAUGUGACGCUAGCUGCUGGUGGCCAGUAUGUUCACGCACAUAAACUCAUACUCUCUGUAUGCAGUCCAUAUUUCAAAGAACUCUUCAAGAUGAAUCCAUGUGACCAUCCAAUCGUAAUUCUGAAGGAUGUGGCACAUCAAGAGCUCAGACAACUACUUCAAUUUAUGUACCGUGGUGAAGUUCAUGUUCGUCAACAAGAACUUUCUGGCUUCUUGCAUAGUGCUGAACUACUACAAGUCAAGGGCUUGACUGGUGGUCGUGAGCGUAGUGAAUCUCCUCCACCAGUGUUGGAAGAUCCUCCAAAACCAAAGUCUGUAGUGCAAGAGCCAUCUAGCGAUAGCCAACAGGAAUGGGUGCCCGGUGGAGAGGACACCAUUGCAACGGAGACACCAGCUGAGCCUAAUGCUGCAAAUGUAAAAGAAGAAGCUGCCAGAAGCCCACUCAAACGGUCUGUAUUGUUGAAAAAUACUCCGAAUAAAAAUAGCUAUAAUGUGAAGAAAAAGCCACGGCCAGCUACUAACGAUAGUCCAACGCACCCUGAGAACUUCGAAUUUUCUUACGACAAUGAACCCCUAAUUGACUUCGACAACGAUCUAUUUCAUAGUGUGAUGGUAUUACCAGAGUCUGCUACUGAAUCAGGUUGGAAUACUAAAACUGGCAGAGUGAAGUUACGUGGAGUAAAGUGCCCGUCUUGCCACCGGUUCUUUGCUAACCGAUAUAACCUGAAGGUGCACAUUAGAGAUAAACACGAUCAGCGGGAGGGGACACUUCAGUGCGACAUUUGCCAGAAACGUAUGAGGAACCCGUCGUGCUUACGCGUUCACAUGUAUCACCAUCGCAAACAAGCUGCUUACCUCGCGCAGAUCAGCAACCAAGGCGACCAAAUGAAACACGUGGUGCAGAGUAUGGUGAAAUGGCGUAGUGAAGGAUUAAUUGGCAAUGCUGAUGCGAAGGAAGGCGAAAAGGUACCUAACAUGGCAAUAUGGCGUACCGAGGGGUCGAUUGGAAACAUAGAUUGCAAGGAUUUUGAUAACUUACCACCACCGGGCACUGCUGAAUCAACCGCCAAUGUGGACGGCGAAGUAGCAAACACCGAACUCGUUGCCAAAGCGGAAUCCGAGCCGCCGACGGUAUGA